AUGGAUCCUCGCCUGAUGGCUUUCUUGCUGCUGGGCAGCAUGCUCUUCUUCGGCUCGUACAACACGAUCAACACCAAGCUGCAGUAUCAGAUGUGUGUUCCCACGCUCUACCCGGAGGCUGCCAGGUCCGACCCGAACAAUAGGUGCGGCCCCGGAGAGAAGACAUUCGAUAAGCCUUGGUUGGUCAACAUGUACAUGUUUUUGGGGGAGGCCACUCUUCUUUUCGUUUAUGGAAUGAAACGUAGGAAGAUAUCUGUGGCUUCUGGCCAAGCUGCCCUAUCCUCACAUGAGGCUGACGCCGUGGCGGAGACCCGUGUGCCGUUCUACAUGUUUGCCAUUCCGGCUGCCUGUGAUGUCUUCGGAACAGGAUUGGCCGCUGUGGGCCAGACGUACUUGGAUUCCGCAAUCUGGCAGAUGUUGAGAUCGUCCAUCAUAAUCUUCUCUGCGAUUCUUGCUAAGCUUUUGCUGGGCAAGAGCCUGGAUCCAUUCAAAUGGGUCGCGGUCUUGAUUGUCUUCGUAGGCCUUAUCAUUGUCGGGUUGGCGAGCUCUUUGGACGCGAAAGCGUCAUCUACUGGACGAGGAGCAGGCGGCCAACUUGUAGGUUGUGCUCUCACAGUCGGAGCGCAAAUCUGUUCAGCUUUCCAGAUGACAUUCGAGGAGAAGAUACUGAAAGUCCGUCCAGGUCAGAAGAAGGUCUCUGCGAAGAAGGUGGUCGGCGCUGAGGGCAUCUGGGGCGGCUUCUUCAUGUGCGUCAUUUUGGGUAUAAUGACGGUUCCAGGCACCGGACAAGAUGGCAAUCCUGAUGUUAAGGGCAGUUUCGAGUCGCUUCCAGACGGCUUGCACAUGUUAGCGCACAGUUGGGAACUCAUCUUUCUAGCCUUGACAUACACGGCGAGCAUUGCGAUCUACAAUUUGUCAGGCAUCGUGGUGGGCAAGAAGUUCACCACUGUUGUGCGUUGUCUCAUUGAUUCUUCGCGUACUGUGACCGUCUGGGGCGUCAGCUUGUUGCUCUACUAUGGCGUCUCCGAAGAAUAUGGCUCCGGUAUCACAUCUCACACGUGGUUGCAACUCAUCGGUUUUUUCAUUCUCAUUCUCGGGACAGUGGUGUAUAAUGACCUGGCGCCAUCGAUAAUUCCAAAUUGUUUGCGUUCCGAGCUUCACGAGGAGGAGUCGGGCUUUGUCAGCAACGCAAGUUUUGAUGGAAUCCUUGCAAAUCUUGCCCUGACCGAAGAGGAAGACGAAGAUAUAUUAUAUCAAGCUCGAGACGUCGGUCGUGGCACCUCCCUUGUUAACGGAGCGGAUGCCUAG